UAUUUCUGCCGCCGUUGGGCCGCGCGGGUGUCGAUUCAGAUGCAAAUGAGGCACCGCUGCCGCUCCCGCCAACUUCGCCCGGCCGGGCAGAGCGCGGAGCGGGGACAGCCGCGCUGCUCCGCACUGGGGCACUUCGGGUUGAAUUCGCGGGGGCUGCCGGGCCCUUCAGAGGGGGUUACUGGUUUUGGUGGUCUUUGAGAGGCAGUGUUCCCCUCCUCGCCCCAGCAGAGACCCCGAAGCGCAGAGAUAAUUCUUCAUCUCUUCCUGCACCUGCCGUGGGCCGCCCCAACGCAACUGCUCAGACCCGGCGGCGCGCAGCCCCCCGCGCCCCCACGGCUCCUUCCAGCGGGCGGGGGCUGCUGCCGAGAGCGCAUCUGGGGCUUUCCCCGUCUCCCGAUAGAUACUUGUGCAAAUGCUUAAACACUGCUAAUUGCCGAAGCGUAUUAUCUUACAACCCGCGCUGGAGGAGGUAGGACCGCAGAGGGUCGUGCCCGAGCCCCUGUGCAAGUGCAGUGAUGAAUCUGUGGUGUAGCUGAAGUGCAGACCAGCUGGAAUAUGCUGCAGACCAUUUACGAGAGUGAAUCGUGUUUUUCCUCAGAUGGGGUUUCUGGACGUGAACAGCUCUUGGCUCAGCAAAGAAUGCACAGUAUGAUCAGCUCAGUGGAUGUAAAGUCAGAGGUUCCCGUGGGAUUAGAGCCUAUCUCACCAUUAGACUUGCGAACUGAUCUCAGGAUGAUGGUUCCCAUGGUGGACCCAAUUAUGCGUGAAAAGCAGCUACAGCAGGAACUACUUCUGAUCCAGCAGCAGCAGCAGAUUCAGAAACAACUGCUGAUUGCAGAGUUUCAGAAGCAGCAUGAAAAUCUGACCCGCCAGCAUCAGGCCCAGCUCCAGGAGCACAUAAAGUUACAACAGGAACUCCUAGCCAUUAAACAACAGCAAGAACUCCUUGAAAAAGAGCAGAAACUGGAGCAGCAGAGACAAGAGCAGGAACUGGAAAGGCAUCGCAGGGAACAACAGCUUCCUCCCCUCCGAGGCAAAGAAAGAGGCCGAGAAAGGGCAGUGGCAAGUACAGAAGUAAAGCAGAAGCUUCAAGAGUUCCUCUUGAGUAAGUCGGCAACAAAAGACUCUCCAGCAAAUGGGAAGAAUCAUUCCGUGAGCCGCCACCCCAAGCUCUGGUACACGGCUGCCCACCAUACCUCACUGGAUCAAAGCUCUCCACCCCUGAGUGGGGCCUCGCCACCGUACAAAUACACUUUACCAGGAGCACAGGAUGCCAAGGAUGAUUUUCCACUUCGUAAAACAGCUUCAGAGCCCAAUCUGAAGGUACGUUCAAGGUUAAAACAAAAGGUGACAGAAAGGAGGAGCAGUCCUUUGCUCAGGAGGAAGGAUGGGACUGCCAGUUCAUUCAAGAAGCGACUCUUCGAGGUGACAGAAUCCUCAGUCAGUAGCAGCUCCCCUGGAUCAGGUCCCAGUUCUCCAAGCAAUGGCCCAACCAGUGGUAUGACAGAAAAUGAAACCUCAGUUUUGCCAUCUAACAUUCAAGCUGAGCAUCUGGUUUCCCAGCAACGCCUUUUGAUACAGGAUGAGUCGGUGAACUUGUUGAGUCUGUACACAUCCCCUUCUCUGCCCAACAUUACUUUGGGACUUCCAGCAGUGCAACCUCCAAUCAGUGGAGUCAGGGAGUGCUCCAGGAAAAGUAAUAGCUUCCCAUUGUUACAGGCUUCAUCAUCAUUCAAAGAAAAGCAGAAGGGAGACACCCAGUCACUCAGACAAGGAGUGGCCUUGGCUGGACAGUAUGGAGGGAACAUUCCUCCAUCCUCAUCUCAUCCUCAUGUUGCUUUGGAGGGAAAGCCAAAUAGCAGCCACCAAGCUCUCUUGCAGCAUCUGUUACUGAAGGAACAAAUGAGACAGCAAAAACUUCUUGUGACUGGAGCAGUUCCUCUUCAUCCACAAUCUCCUUUAGCAGCAAAGGAGAGAGUCUCACCUGGCAUAAGAGCUGCCCACAAACUGCCUCGUCACAGGCCACUGAAUCGAACACAGUCAGCUCCUCUUCCUCAGAGUACUUUAGCCCAGCUGGUCAUCCAGCAGCAACAUCAACAAUUUUUGGAGAAGCAGAAACAGUACCAGCAGCAGAUCCACAUGAAUAAGAUGCUCUCUAAGUCCAUUGAGCAGCUCAAGCAACCUGACAGUCACCUGGAGGAAGCUGAAGAAGAGCUUCAUGGAGAUCACUCGAUGCAAGAAGAGCAAGCUCCCACCGGCGGUGCCAGCGUUAGGGCUGAGAGCAGCAGUGCUGGUGUGGAUGACAGAAUAGGACAGCAGGUGGGGGCUGUGAAAGUUAAAGAGGAGCCACCGGACAGUGAUGAGGAUGUUCAAACCCAGCAAAUGGAAUCUGGGGAGCAAGCUGCUUUUAUGCAACAGGAGUUCAUGGCACAUCGGCGUGUCCACCAGUUGCAAAUCUACCAGGCUCAGAUGGCUACAGUUGGCAUGGCAGGAUUAGAUAAACAUCGGUCGGUGUCCAGGACCCCGUCUUCCCCCACAGAUUCCACAUUACCUCACCCAGACGUGGACCAGCCCAGCCAGCAUGUCUACACAACUGGUGUUGUGUAUGACAGUCUGAUGCUGAAGCACCAGUGCAUGUGUGGCAACUAUGCUAAUCACCCUGAACAUGCUGGAAGGAUCCAAAGCAUCUGGUCAAGGCUGCAAGAAACUGGGCUGCUAAACAAGUGCGAGCGAAUUCGAGGUCGAAAAGCCAGCCUGGAGGAAAUACAGCUGGUUCACUCUGAACAUCAUUCACUGCUGUAUGGCACCAGCCCCCUGAACAGGCAGAAGCUGGACCCCAGGAAACUCCUAGGAAACGUGUCUCAAAAACUCUUUUCCUUGUUGCCUUGUGGGGGACUUGGGGUGGACAGUGACACCGUUUGGAACGAGCUGCACUCGGCCGGGGCGGCACGCAUGGCGGUGGGCUGUGUCAUCGAGCUGGCGGCCCGCGUGGCCUCCCGGGAGCUGAAGAAUGGCUUUGCUGUUGUAAGGCCCCCAGGCCAUCAUGCUGAAGAAUCAACAGCCAUGGGGUUCUGCUUUUUUAAUUCGAUUGCAAUUACUGCCAAAUACUUGAGAGACAAGCUAAAUAUAGGCAAGAUAUUGAUUGUAGAUCUGGAUGUUCACCAUGGCAACGGUACACAGCAGGCUUUUUAUGCUGACCCCAGCAUCCUGUAUGUUUCCCUCCAUCGCUAUGAUGAAGGCAACUUCUUCCCCGGCAGUGGAGCCCCAAAUGAGGUUGGAAGUGGCCCUGGUGAAGGGUAUAACAUAAAUAUUGCUUGGACAGGUGGCUUGGAUCCUCCUAUGGGUGAUGUUGAGUAUCUCACAGCAUUCAGGACUGUGAUUAUGCCAGCUGCCCAUGAAUUUGAUCCAGAGAUUGUCUUGGUGUCAGCUGGAUUUGAUGCUGUGGAAGGCCAUGACCCUCCGCUGGGCGGGUACAAAGUCACAGCUAAAUGUUUUGGCCACCUAACCAAGGAAUUGCUGAAGCUAGCGGACGGCCGUGUUGUGCUGGCACUGGAGGGAGGACAUGACCUUACUGCCAUCUGUGAUGCAUCUGAAGCAUGUAUAAAUGCCCUUUUAGGAAAUGAGCUGGAGCCUCUCCCAGAAGAUAUUGUGCACCAAAUCCCCAAUAUGAAUGCAAUAGCUUCUUUGAAAAAGACCACCGAAAUUCAAAGCAAGUACUGGAAGUCAGUGGAGCCAUACUCAGUGCCAGUGGACUGUGCUCUGGCUGAGUCUCAGAAACGAGAGAGAGAGGAGACAGAAACUGUAUCUGCUAUGGCCUCUCUUUCAGUGGAUGUUGAGCAGUGUAUCCCUCAGGAAGGCAGCAGAGCUGCUGGCGAGCCCAUGGAAGAAGAGCCAGCCUUGUGAAGUGCCAAGUCCUCCCUGAUAUUUCCUGUGGGUGACAUCAUUGUGUAUCCCCCCAAAGCACCCUCAGACAUGUCUUGUCUGCUGCUUGGGUGGCACAGAUCAGAUGGAACAUAAACACUGGGCACAAAACUCUGAAUAGCAGCUUCACUUGUCCUUUGGAUGGACUUGAAAGAGCCCUAAAGAUUCCUUAAGUGUAACCGCCACAAUUCUAGAGUUACAGUAAAAUGGACUUGGGAGAAAGAGCCUAGAGCAUGCUUUUUAUAUGCUGUUUGACCCACUCACCAACAUAAAUUGUGAAACUGAGUAUUACAGAACUCUGCGUGAUAGCUUAGAGAUACGAGAAGUGCAACAGACAGCAAAAUACUUGGUAAACUCCCACGAAUCAUUUUCUGACACUUUUUACUGGGUAAUUUUUAUCAUACUGUGUGAAAUUGUUAAUAGAAUUUGUUUUCUUUGCUCUGUGUAACGAGAAAAGUACACAACCCACCUUUGUUUUAUGUGCCAUUUUUUAACUCCCUGUAAUGAGUUCUUAGCUGAAUAAGUGAAAGGUGUGUAAAAUACGAUGAAGGAUUUUAGCUAAAGGGAAAGCACUUCUUAUUGUACUAUAAAUACCCCGAAGUACUGUGUUUGAUGGUGCUUUAUUUUAUUUUCCCUUUUCCUGGCCAUCCCUCCUCAUUUCACGUAAUCUUUUCUAUCAUAAAACCACAUUCAUGGUUCUCUGAAACAAGCGAUCUCCUGCCUUUAAAAAACACAAGUGCUGUACCCUCCGUAGUUGACAGUAGCUUUCACCAUGUGUGCAGCAGAGAUCAAGCAGUCUCUGAAAAAUGGAUGGCUUUUCAAACGUGUUUUUAGUUUGUUCUGAAAUGUUUCUGUGUCCUGCCUCUGAGAGCAGCGAUCUUCAGUAACUGCGUGCAGCUUGUUUGAAGCUCAGGUGUUUCUGUGGAGGUUGUGCUGGGGGUGUUUUUUACAGGUCGUCAUGUGAAUAUGAACUGAUUCUUUUAUGUAGUCCUGCACCAAGAGAACUGAUGUUGCUUCAAAAGCUUCAAAGGGUUUAGGCUUUAUUUUAGAUCCCACAAGUGCAGCAAGAUCUCCCUGCAAUGUGACUUUAGCUGUUUAAUUCCAUGUUUGAGAACGUAUCUUAGAGUUGUGCCUUUAGCUGAUAAUGAACGCUUAAACUGUUACACGUGUUGCCUUACCGUCAGAGAAAGAGAUAGGGCAUGUAUGUAGGACUGCUUCAAAUGCACAAAACUCUGCUACAGCAACUUUUAUUUUGUUUACAACUUUCUCACCUAAUGAACCCUGGGAGAUACCUUGAAGUAUUCAGCUUGCGGUAUUUGAUAGCUCGCUCAGCUUUUAAAAGCAAGUGAAGUUCAUUUUUAUAUAUUUUCCAAACUCAAAAGAUAUAUUAAAGCCAUAAGUGAAGACUGUCAUGCUUUUUAUUCUGAAAUCUGAAAGGAACCUUAAUUAAAACAAGAUUUCGGGGGAAGGCCAUGAUAUGAAAGAUAUGGAACAAUAUGGUUUCAGUUAUAGGCAGACUCAAACCUGUAAAUCAAAGAUGAAAGAUUUCACUCAAAUAGAAUUAUAUAAUUCUCUUUUGUUAUGCAGUCAGACUAUAUCUUUCAUGCAUUUGGGUUUGUUUACGAUUAGUAUUUUAAUUUUAAAGACUUUUAUUACUUACACAAAAGCUCUCUGCUACAAGUUAGAAAUCUGAGGCAUGCUUUGAAAAGGGAAAUCUAAGAAAAGAAUGUCAUUUCCUAUAAUGCGAAGCAAACUUUUAUUCUGAAAGGCUUAUUCUAAAAUAGCUGUAUGCCCCUCAGAAAGUAAAAUAAAAUUCUCCCCCCACCCUCCAACCCCCAUUUACAAGCCAAGCUCAUGCUCAGUUUAGUAAUUCAGAGUCCCAGCAGGCUAAAUUAAGUCCCGGUGUAAUCCACCUUGCCGGACUUUGGGCCGUUCUGAAGGGGCUGUUCGCAAGACUAAAGCGAUCAGGAGGUCAUCCUGCGUUUUCGGCAGACUUGUGAUGGCAGUCGUACUUGCCUUUGACUGCGAUUCUCUUGUGGUCAUCAAAGCAAUUGCCCCUCAAGGAAACCGAGGACCCCAGCUGAUGAGUUGGGUAAUUUGUAGUGCUCUUCACAUUUUGAAAUAAUGGCUGCAAAUUUUUAAUUGGCUGUACAGUAAGAUCACUUUAAAACUAGCCCCACAAAUGCAAAGUCUGCUUGUGUCUUUAGCCUGUGUGAAAUUGGAUAUGAACCGCAGCCUGAAAUAUGACUUACAAAUUUCCCAAUUAAAAUCUAUAUCCUGGAGAUCAGCUAAAGCUGUCCUUUGUAGCUGGAAAUGCUUUUAAAAUGCCAGAAAAAAUUUGAAUUAAACCACAUUAUAAACUCACACUUAUGCAUUUGUGCAGGCAUACUCCCACACAGGCAUCUAGACAUGCUAUUGGUUAGAGUUAAGAUCAUUUGGAUAAGCAAAUGUGCAAAUAAACUGCACACAGAUUGUGUCCAGAACUCUGCUCUCACUGAAGUCAAUAGCAAAAUCCUCUUUGAUUUCAAUGGGAGAUGGAUCAGGCCCUGCUCUCUCUUUUUUUUUCCCCCCCUUUAAGUCCAGAACACCAUUACUUUUUGAUUAUGUCAUUACAAGGCAUCGUAGAGCCCUCUGGGAAAUGAUUGAGGCUUAUGGUGAGUAUCAACACUUCCUUCAAAGCAGACCUGGGCUUUCUGAGAGGGCAGUUUCACUUGCUGCUGUUUUCUUCUCACAGUAUUUUUUAUUAUCACCAAUAGCUCCCUGUGGAUUACAGUUAAAAUAUCUCCCAGCAGUUUUAGACAUACUUCCAGAGAAAUAUUCACAUAGACACUCUUAAAAAUGCCCAGUUGUAGCUGGAUUCAACAACAAAGUCCAAGAAUUUCAGAAAGAUGCAGGAAUUGCAUCUUUCUCCUUUUCUAGUAUCAAAAAUCAGUGGUUUAGGAGCUGUUUUGGAAAAGAUGUCACAGUCUCAGGUCUCCCAUGGACCUCAGCUUAGCUUAGGGAGAUUGACAGCUCUGAAAAUUAAGUCCCGGAUAUUUCAAGCUGACUGCCAAAAUAUCUACAUCUGAGCUUAAAUUACUUUUAGAAAUGAGAUGAAUUGCAUAAAUGAGAUAGGUUAAAUGAUGGAUUUCUCUGCAUGUGCGCCCUCAAAGCUAGGGUGAUCCUCUGCCUGGUGCUAGUGGCACAGGGGCUGCAGGCUCCUGGGGGGAUGUCCCACAGCACCGCUGCCCCAGCUGCCACUGCCGCUACCAGCUCAUCUUUGCCUCACAGGGAAGCAUGCAGAAAUUUGCACUCUGCCUCUGAUCAAAGUGUCAUCAAGCCACCAACCUCUGGAAUGAAAGGUGCCUCAGCAGCAAGUACCACUGGUAUGCUUGCUCCAGUUCAUAGCCUUCCAUAGUGUUGAGGACUAAAUAUUAAACUCAGUAGGACUUCUCUUGUAUUCUGGUAUUUUUCUUGUAUCCUUCGGUCCUUAAAUCCAUAGUAACAACUGAAAUCUGUAAACAACUAUGACUCAGGAUAUCAAGAAAAGAAUAAUUUUUAUCCAGCUUAAUGAUUUUAGCUGAGGCUGGAGUGGGAACAAUGAUGAUCAUAGAUCUCAGGAUUGCUAAAACCUGAGUGUCUUGCACUUUGUUCUUGGAAUCUAUGUGCAGGAAUUCUGUAUGUGCUCAUUUGGUUUUAAUAUAAUCUGCAGCAAUGAAGUGCUUGAUUGUGUGAUCCUUUUUCAGGCAAAAUUCCUAGCAAGUAAUAAAAGUCCAUGGGAAUUUUGCCAGCGUAAAGAUGACAGAAUUAGUCCCCACUUUAAUUAUGUUCCUUCCUAAUUUUACUUUCAGUGAAAAUUAAGUAACUAAUUCCAGGCAAGUGAAUCUGAGGAGAAUAAAAUCAGUAAGCUAUCUUAAAUAAACAUCAUAAAAAGAAAAUAUAAACAGCUGUUAUGCAGCAGAAGAUGGCGAUUUCUUUACUUUGCAAAAAAAUCCAACGGCAUGCUGCCAGUGGAAUGAAAGUGGCAAAAUUAAUCCCUCUCUGGUGCGUGUGGUAUUUGAGUUGGUGUCUUAUCUAAGUGUGGCCUUCCUAAAAAGCUGAGAGUCAUAACUGAAGAUGAAAUAUUAGGAAGGUUUUGCUGCAGCCAACACCAGAGGUCCUGUAGAGAACAAGAAUGUAGAGACUGACUAAUUUGUGUAGACAGACAGAAGGACACUCUCGGGGCAAUGUGUCUGGGACAAAGAAUUAGAGGGUGCUUUUACAAAGGCACUGAUGGCUGUGAGGCAACUAACUUCUCUUAGCUUGCAGGGGCAAGGAGGUGGCCAGUGAGCAUCUAUGCACUGAGAAAUGUCCCCUCUGACCCACAAGCAUACCCACACACA